CAUACCAUCAUCUUUAUCUCUUUGAUCUCUAUCUCUAUCUCUAUCUUUUCUCCCUCCCUCCUCUCCAUUAAUGGUUCCUGAAAUGGAGAAACCUCAAGUCACAGAGAUAAAGGUGAGAAUGGAUUGCAAUGGUUGUGUGCAGAAAAUCAAGAAAGCCCUGCAAGUGGUGUCCGGUAUACAAGGAAUCGAGGUUGAUUUCGCGCAGCAGAAGCUAACCAUUACAGGCUGGGCUGAGCCAGAAAAGCUAGUGAAAGCAAUCCGAAAAACGAGAAAAAGUGCGGUGAUUUGUGUACAUACAGAGGAAGCCGGCCCACUAGAAGGCGAGGAGGAGGCCUCGCCACAACCAGAGCCCACGAAUCAGCCAGGGGAGACCGAGGCAGCGCCACAGGACGAACCACCACCACCACUGCAGCCGGAGAAUCCACCAGCUUAUCAUCAGCAGACAAGACCAUAUGGUGCGGAAGAAGUUCAUGUUGUUUACCAUCAUCCACCUGAUCAUGGAUAUGGUAGACCUUGGAACGCGUACCCCGGGUUCGGAGACGAAUCGCAUCAGCCACCUCCACCGGUUUAUGUGCAGAGCUACAACACAUAUAGACCAUCUCCACAUGUAACUGAAUAUGCAUAUCCUCGGCCACCACCUCCCAGAUACUCGUACGACACGAGACCCAAUCCCUAUAGCGAUCCGCGGUUCAAAGAAGAGCCACCACAACUGCAACCACAACCUCCACAACCACAACCACAACAACAACCACAACCACAACCACAACCACCACAAUCACCGCCUCCCACAUACACAUACAACGCUAGACCCGAUCACUAUAGUGGUCCAAGGUUCAGAGACGAGCAGCCACAACCACAACAACCACUACAGCAACAACUACCACAACCUGUGUAUGCAACACACAGCUAUAACACAUACAAGCCAUCACCUUAUGUGACCGGUUAUGCAUAUCCCAGGUCACCACCAAGACCCUCGCCCUCGACUCAUAUCAGACCUGACAGCAGCUGGGGCCCAGGACUACAAGGGGAGAGUGAGCAAUCUCAACCACCUCAGCCUGUUUAUGCAACACACAGCCAAAACAUAUACAGGCCAUCUCCAUAUGUUACCGAAUAUGCAUAUCCCGAGUCACCACCUCCUAGAUACUCUUCUUAUAGUAUACCCGGAAACUAUAGUCGGGAUCACUACGGUGGGAGCCAUGGAAAUGGAAAUGUAACAUCAAUGUUCAGUGAGGAAAACCCUAAUGCAUGCAGAAUAGUGUAAUAGCUCACAAAAACACCAGAAUUUUCUUAGAGAUUAACUGCUGCAAUUUGAGGAAAUAUGUUCCCAGCUUGUAUGAGUUAACAACAUUUAUUCUUCCAUGUAUUUUAGUCUUUAUAUCCUCAAAUAUCUGAGUAAUAAACGAUAAAUUUUUCA